AUGGCGCGGCGGUGCUUGUUGGUGCUGGCCCUCACCAGCCUCUCAGCGGCCCAAAACCCCUGGGUGAACCGGCGGAAGAACAAGGACAAAGAUGCCCCCGUCGCGGCGGACCCCGCCGCCGGCGACACGGACUUUAGCAAGCUCAACGACAUGGUGAAGAAUCUCCAACAAGCGGGCGCCGCGGGCGGCGCGGGCGGCGAGGACAUGUUCGCGGGCAUGGGCGACAUGUGGGAGUCCCUGAUGGACUCGCCCGAGAUGGAGGAGAUGCUCGCCAAUCCGGAACUGCUGAAGGCGACGAUCAAGAACAACCCGCUGAUUAAUGCCAUUCCCGGCGCGUCCGAGCAGGUCGAAGCGUUGUUGCAAUCGGAUGCUUUCAACGACCCGGCGCAGCUCAAGCAAGCGAUGAGACAAGGUGUGGACGCCAUGAAGGCGGUUGGGUCGGAGUUCGGCAGUCAGCUCGGGGCCCAAAUGAAGCUCGCGCAGCAGAACCCGGAAGCGUUUAAAGCGCAGAUGGAGGCCAUGAUGAGUCAGUUGGCCGGCGGGCCGGAGCAGGGCCGGGCGUUGAUGGAGGCCGCGAAGGGUCUGUGGGACGGUUCCGCCGAUCCGGCGCAGCUCGAGGCGUUGUCGAAAUUACCCGGCAUGGAAGCAUUAGCUGAUCCGGAGGCCAUGAAGCGCCAGAUGGCCGAGCUCCAGAAGAUGAUGGGCGCGGGCCAGGUGCCGGCCAUGGGGGGGGAGUUGUAAAGGAGAGU